GGUUUUGGCAUCCACCGUCAAUCAACUUCAUCUCAAACGCAUCCCAUCUCAUAACUCUCAUCACGCAAAGGCUGCUGGUAUUUCAGCAGAAAGAUAAUCACAGCAGCAACAUACACAAUGGCCACAGCAGAAACUGUAGAUCUGGGCGCUGUGCACGCGCCUAAGGAAGAGUCCAUCAAGGUAUUUCAAGAGAUCGCACCUGAUCUCAAAAAGGAACUUCUCCACAUCCGACGUGAACACCAAAAGCAUGAGCCCGAGUAUUUUCAGGCCGUUGAACAUCUCGACGACCACCAACUGGCCGCUUUCGGCCCAGACAACUUCGUUGCCGUAAGAGUUGCCAGUUCGGCUUACGGAAUCCACCUAUUUGGCAAGGUCCGAAUCCCAGCACUACCUGAGUCUGGGCCUGCCUAUAUUCACUUCCGUGCCUUUGUGCCUGGAGCUGAGCCGCCAAAGCUUCACAGCAUUCACACAGAAGAGACCGAGCAUUCGGAUGGGGAUAAGACGUACAGGGCCAUAUUCACUAAAGAUGACGAUCUCGAGUGGUUUGACACCUAGGUAGAUAUGGGACUGGCCAAGAUAAAGUUGGCCAUAUGUCCUCGUCUCAUGGG